UAUUUGAUUUUAUAUAUAAAUGAAAUGCUCAAUAAAAUUAAUAAGGCUUUUUGUUUGAUAUUUUAAAAACAAUCGCUUCAUGUGGUAGCAGAGCGUGGUUGAUCGUUUUCUUUCACCCCUCUGGCUAAUCGUUUUAUUUUUUCAUUUGUUUAUUAUUGAAAAAAUGUCAUAUAUUUGUGUUUGUCAUGGCAAAGCCAUCUUCAACCAGCGGUAAUGACAUGGACUCAACCAUGAAGAAAUUUAUGGAAAUGUUCGUAUCUAUGAAUUCUUCACGAUCAUCAUCCGAGUCCAACAUGGGACUGGAAACGUAUGCAUUCAGUCAAGUGACCAAAUAUGAUGGUGCCAAUAUUAAAGAAUGGUCAUCCUCGGUACGAUCAGCAUUUCUUACGUGUGGAAAGGAACAUUUCCUGCGUAGUGAACUUCCGACUGGCCAUCCCGAAUACUCUCUUUAUCAGAGGUACUUUGGUCUAAUGAAAUUUACAUUUCAACCAAAGGUUCGGGACCAUGUUGAACAUCUGAAAACGGUGUUUCAACUAUGGGAUUAUAUGACUCGUUUCGAGAAAGAUAAUCGGGCUACAGCGGUAAGAAAAUAUAUCAAGCUGGUUGGUACAAAGUAUGAAGGUGGCGAACUUCGUCUUUGGCUUGAACAAUUGACAGCUCGUUUUGAAGAUGUCGAAUCGGAGUGGCUACAAAACACUGAGAAUUCUCGGUGCACUAUCAUCAUCAGUAUGUUACCACGACCAAAGUUCGAACGUCUGGCAGACAGACUGACGUCCAGAGAUUCGUUGACAAUGAAGGACAUAAUGAACGCAUUCAUCGAGGAGGACGAAAAAAUGAAAACUGUUUCAUCGAAACAUGUGAGUAAUCAGUCUGUCAAUGUCAUAAAGAAAAAAUUCAAUAAGAAAUCAUCAUCAUCAAAACGUAAUGAUGUGAAGUGUGAUUACUGCAAAAGAAAUGGUCAUACUAUUGAUGAUUGUCAUAAACGUUACUGGGAUGAACAUCAUAAAUCAUCCAUAUCAUCGUCAUCUAGCCAAUCAAAUUCGAAACCAUCGACAUCAUCGUCUUCAGCAUCAUCAAAGUCAUCGAACGCCGCAUCUACCAGCAAACAUUCGGUUAAGUCCGUUAUUCUUAAAAAUGUUUGUAACACAAAAAGUGAUUCAUGGAUCCUGGAUUCAGGAUCGACAACACAUGUGACAUUCAACGAAUCGGUGCUGGUUAACGCCAAGUCCAAACGGUGUGAGUUUGAGGCCGCUGGCGGAGAACCAAUUAUUUCAACAAAGAUAGGUGAUACUGUGAUUCAUCCAAAUGACAAUCAACUUAUGCUAAAAAAUGUUGUAUGUGGUGAUUGAUUUUACUUGGCCGAGAUGCAAAACGAAGACGGAACGUUGAAUAUAAAAUUCAAUGCAGAGUCUGAUAUCAUAAAAUGGGAAGUACGAUCGCGGCAUCUCAAUCAAAAAACAUACAAAUGCUAUAUUCAAUAUUCUCCGAAUAGCAAUGACAUAUCUGGUAUCACUGGUUAUUGCUGCACGUGUGCCAAUGGUAAUCGGACCGUUGGUUGUUGCUCUCAUGUCGCAGCAAUCAUUUAUCAUCUCACUCAUGGGCGAUAUUUGUCAAGAAUAUAUCGACCAGCCGAAUCAUUGACGAAUCUUUUUGAUCACAACGAGGGUACGACAGUAAUAGAAGACGAUAGUGACCUGGAUUAGCCAUUAUAUUAAGUUGUAUAUUUUCUUUCCUUUUCCUGUUCAUUUUCAUCAUUGAUUUUUUUG